AUGUGGUAUGGAAUAAAUAAGAUGUCCGAGGAGACAUUAAGUUAUCUGAGUUCUUCGGCAACACCUCAUCCUUCUCUGUACAAAACUUUACGAUAUAGUCCUAGUAAUGAACAUGGUGAAAAAAGUUUGUCUCAUAAUUCACCCGAAGGCCAGGUUCUUCGUUUAGUUGACGCGUUUCAAUGUCCAUUUAAUAACGAUCUUAGGGAAUGUGAAUCCCCCCAAAUCCCUAUGGUGUCAGCUAUGUGCAAUCGUUUGGUCCGAUCGGACAUAUUAUCUGGAUUUGUUGAUAGAUCUGAGUUUUACCAUCCAAAAGUACUAAAUAACAACGAAAGACCGGCAGUUCCUGAAGUAGUUUCUUGUGUUGGCCUUCGGUUCAGUGUGUUAACUCCACAGUUUUAUUUGAUGCGUAAACGAGUGCAUAUUGAUGUAGUUCCAAAGACUCCGGAUGGAGGACAUAUAGACUUUCGACAAAUUUCUGCAGAGGAAAUUGAGUUUGACUCUGAAAUAACAAUAAAGUCAUCACUGCUGCGAGAAUGUAAACCAGGCAAUGUUUGGUUUGAGGAAGGUGAUUCGGAUGACGACGAUAACAAGCCAAAAUUCGUUGCUCGUAAAUCUAUGGAUCUUCGUAAAAUACGUUCAGAAAAAGAUAGGUUCCAAGCCAUCUGUUCUAGUCCUAUGGUGGACUCUCGACCUCGAAGACUAAGUUACUCAAAGUCUUUUAGUGAAGGUGUGUUGGAUCCCAGCAACUCCAAAACUCCAUUGCGUUUACCUAAAUACGAUGAUCUUGUCUCAUCAGCAUCUCGCCGCCUCUCUCGCAUAAUAAUCAAUCGUCGAUUCUCUUUAUUGGAAACGAACCACAACGACCUAUCUGUUGGGGGUUCGCAGUUAAAAACCACAACACCUAUCACCAAGUACGAAAAACAAAGAGUUAAGAAAAAAUGUUCGUCUACUUCAGAAGAAAAAGAGAAUAUCAAACCAUCAAAUAACGAUAUCGUAAUAGCUACUCCUGUAUCAAAAGAAGUUGUUGAUGAUAUUUCAAACUCUUCCGUCCAUGAUCCAUGCUCUGUAUCUGAAUUUCGUGUGCUUGCAGACAUGGAAACAGCGCGACUACUUGCGUUAUGCGGAGAUUGGAAUUGUGUUCUAUCCGAGGAAUGUGAUAAUAUUCCAGAAAAAGCACUUGACUCAAUCAGGGCAACCGUUGGGAAAUGUCAAUUAUUGUUGCAGAAAAAGUUGCCAUUUUUCAAAAGCCUAAUUGAAAUGGCAGAAACAAGCCUUGGGAAAUCUGACACACUGUCGAGUAGCGCAACAACACCGGAAGCCACUAUAAAUGAUCUCUUAGGUUAUUGGACCUUAGUAGCUGAUGAAAUCAGUUUGUCCGAUAGUGCUUUCGAACGUCUACGUGUUUGGCGUGAUGAGUUACAUUGGUCAAUUGAUCAGUGUCCUGUUACCCCAGCCAGAUCACAAAUUGUUAAACGACGUGGUCGUUUAUCUAAACAAAUAAAACGCUUACCAACUCCAAAGAGUAGUAAAUCCAGAAAGUCUCAAUCUGUCAGUGAUGAAGUUCUGAAUACGGAUAAUGUAAAUCCCUCUCUUUCAAAAAAGCUAGGUUCAACUGUUAAAGCAACCAAGGAUGUACAGAAAAAGCCGGCGAAGUCUAGAUUUGCUGAAUUUCUGCGAGCUAAGAAGGCACUAACAGCGGAAGUGACACAUACUGAUCAUGGUCAACAUCAAUCUUAUCACCAAAGUGAAAAUAUUAUUGAUACACUCUCGCCUCUUGGUUUACAUCCAGUUGAUAAGAAUUUCACUAUUCAAAAAUAAUAGAGAAAUAAAAAAUUAACAUAUUUUAUUUUGACUGGAUUGUACAAACAAUUACUAUUUAUUUUACAGUUGUUAGUCAUGAUUGUUAACUGACUGACUGACUGACAUUUUUGUAAACCAAAAAUCUAUCUCUGUCUCUUACUUUCUCUUUCCAUCAGUUUAUUGUUCUCUUACUAAACGUUUAUUCUCUGCUUUUGCCUCGUUGUCGUUUAUGUUAUUUCUAGUCAUUAUUGUUACCAUUAUCAUUACUGCUUAUUGUUCAUCCAUAUUAUGUUUUAUUGAUAUAUGGUUUGAAAAAAUUAGAUACGUUAAUAUCAUUAAUAUAAAAACAUACAAUGAAAUAUACUUUACUAUUAU